CCGGCGAAAGAGAGAGAGAGAGAGAGAGAGAGACACAGAGAGAAACUCAUGUAAAAUACAAGUCUCUCUGUUCAAACACUCGUUAACGCGUUGCCGAAUUAAGUUUUCUCAAAACCCCCAUAUCGAAAAGUCCAUAUAUAUUUAUUGAAUUUUGAAACCUAAGGAGACGAAGAAUCGCCAGUUUUGGAGAAGAAGAUGAUAAAGUACAAGCCGAAGCUAAGUCUCUGUGUUGUCUACUUGUUCGUCUUCUAUCUCGCUGCGGUGACUUCAGAUCUAGAGUCUGACCGGAGAGCUUUAGUCGUUCUUCGUAAGAGUGUUCGUGGCCGUACUUUGUUAUGGAACAUGAGUGCUCCUUCUCCUUGUGAUUGGCACGGAGUCCACUGUGAUGCGGGUCGGGUCACUGCCCUCCGAUUACCCGGAGCUGGUUUAUUCGGUUCUUUACCAAUCGGUGGGAUUGGUAAUUUGACGGAGCUUCAAACCCUUUCUCUCCGAUUCAAUUCUGCCCUCUCCGGUCCAAUCCCUUCGGAUUUCUCAAACCUUGUUCUUCUCCGUUACUUGUAUCUCCAAGGUAAUGCCUUUUCCGGUGAGAUUCCUUCGUUUCUCUUCACGCUCCCGAACGUGAUCAGAAUUAAUCUCGGGGAGAACAAAUUCUCGGGUCGGAUCCCGGAUAAUGUUAAUUCCGCGACCCGGUUGGUUACUCUGUAUUUAGAGAGGAAUCAGCUGACUGGUCCAAUCCCUGAGAUCACGCUUCCUCUUCAGCAAUUCAAUGUUUCUUCGAAUCAAUUGGAUGGUUCGAUUCCGAGUUCGUUGUCGAGCUGGCCUUCAACUGCUUUCGAAGGGAACACUCUCUGUGGGAAGCCCUUAAACCUUUGUGUUGGUGGCCCUGCUCCAGAACCAGGACCAGGACCCAAUCCGCCGCCGGAGAAGAAAGAUAGCGACAAGUUAUCCACCGGAGCUAUUGUCGGGAUUGUAAUCGGAUGUGUUGUUGGUCUGUUGGUUCUUCUCCUGAUUCUCUUCUGUCUCUGUAGAAAGAGAAAGAAGAAGGAAGAGAAUGGUCAAGCGAGAAACGUUGAAGCUCCUGUAGCUCCUCCGGCCACCGCCGCUGCUAUACCUAAGGAAAGGGCGGCUGUUGUCCCGCCGGUUAAGGCUACGUCGUCGGAGAGUGGUGUGGUGAGUAAAGAUUUGAUAUUUUUCGUGAAAACGUUUGGAGAAUUCGAUUUGGAUGGGUUGUUGAAGGCUUCAGCUGAGGUUCUUGGGAAAGGAACAGUUGGGUCUUCGUAUAAGGCAAGCUUUGAUCAUGGUUUGAUUGUGGCUGUGAAACGGCUAAGAGAUGUUGUGGUGCCUGAGAAAGAGUUCAGAGAGAGAUUGCAGGUUUUGGGAUCAAUGAGUCAUCCCAAUCUCGUGACUCUCAUCGCUUACUACUUCAGCCGCGAUGAAAAGCUUCUUGUCUUUGAGUACAUGUCUAGAGGAAGCUUGUCUGCAAUCUUGCACGGGAACAAAGGAAACGGGAGGACUCCAUUGAACUGGGAAACCAGAGUUGGUGUAGCCUUAGGAGCUGCAAGAGCGAUUAAAUUCCUACAUUCGCGUGACGCCACAACUUCUCAUGGAAACAUUAAGUCCUCGAACGUACUCUUGUCUGAAUCCUAUGAAGCUAAGGUCUCUGAUUACGGUCUAGCGCCUAUCAUUAGUUCUACAUCUGCACCUAACCGUAUCGAUGGCUACCGUGCACCUGAAGUCACGGAUGCUCGCAAAAUCUCCCAAAAAGCUGAUGUCUAUAGCUUUGGCGUCUUAAUCCUUGAAUUACUCACAGGUAAGUCUCCAACACAUCAGCAAUUGAAUGAAGAAGGCGUUGAUUUGCCGAGAUGGGUCCAAUCAGUUACCGAUCAACAAUCACCGUCUGAGGUGCUUGAUCCGGAGCUCACAAGGUACCAACCUGAGGGCAAUGAGAACAUCAUCCGUUUAUUGAAGAUAGGUAUGAGCUGUACGGCUCAGUAUCCAGAUAGUCGUCCUUCGAUGGCCGAUGUCACCAGACUCAUUGAGGAGGUUUCUCAUUCAUCUGGCUCCUCCCCAAAUCCGAUAUCCGACUGAUUUUUUUAGGGGGGGGGGUCUAAAUUGAUUGAUUUGAAAAUUGUUUGGGGGUUAAAUUGCAAAUUCUUGAAUAGUGUCAAGCCCCUGUCACAGUCUUUUUUCUUCUUCUUGUUUUAGUUUGUUCGUUAAUUCUUCUUGAGCCUCAAUUUGAGAUGAGACCUUUUCAGUUUUUUUUUUUCUUCUUCUUUCUAUUUUUCUUAAUUUCAAAAGUUCCAAAAAAUGUCUAUAGAACUAUUGUUUCUGCUAAUUUUUUUGUAUAAGUAUACAAUCGACGCGUGUGAAUAUUAUCGGUUUUUUUUGUU